AUGGCUUCAGUUGCGGCUCCAUCCACACCCAGGGCAUCUGCUUCUCCUGCGCUCGACAGCCAGUCGCCGGGAAAAUGGCAACACCCUCGACUGAAAGAGAUUGUGAAGCGACAAAAUGCGACCACAUUUGACAGUCGCAAUGUCAAAACCAUAGCACUGAAUGUCAGCGCUAUGCUGGCAACGCUCAUCGCCGAGAAGCCACUCAACUCAAUGCUCGCUGCGGUCGCCGGAAUCACAGCAAAAGCAGAUAUCCUUCUGGUCAUAUUUCGCUUGCUCUUUAUCGUCAACAUUUUGACUGCUUUAUACCCGCUAUUUCGCCCAAAAGACGAGCUUACCGAUAUUCCUUUGACACCUACUCAACGCUCUCUACUUGGUCUCAACCCCAACUCUGGCCCUCCGGUGACCCCGGGCACACACUAUGCCACCCCACCACGAUACAGAGUUGUCUCUGGAUCACGAGCUGGCAGCCCUGCAAGUCGAGGCUCCUCCCCUCUGGCAAGUGGCAGCCCCGUCAGUCGCCAGCCCUCUUACUCCCCAACGACGACCAGUCCACUUUUUCAGAAAGCACUUGCGCCCGGCAGUCGCGAAAGCGGCCGUCGACAAAGCUUUGGUUCUUCUACAUUAGGUUCUUCUUUACGGGAAUCAUCGUCUCUUACGGCCCUCCCUUCAACGCCAACACCAUCAGCUGGCAAGGGAAAUAAAUUGGGAUUAAGCAACAAAUGGCUAUACGAGAAAAGUCGUAGGCACUCUGCUGGAAACAGCCUGAUCUAA